AUGUCGAACUGUAACUAUUAUCGAAACUUGUGGUGGGAUAAGGGAGAAUUUGAUGAAAAAGCAAAGUGGGAAGAAGUAGCUUUGCCGUAUGUACUUGCUACAGACUUCACUAUAGAAGAAUAUGAACAACUUUGUAUCGGAGAAAUUGUUAAUAUUAUAAAUAAAAGUUGCGGUAAUGUUGACGAAACAAAUGCAAAAAUCUUUAGCAUUGAAACACGUGGCAUAACCCGUGGAAAAGUGGCCGACGCAUCAUUUCGUCCGAAAAAACAAGCUAUAACUUCACCAAAUGGAAGCGAUGAAAAUAAUUUUCCUUGGCCAAAUUUAGUUGUAGAGGUGGCUUAUACCGAAACCUUGGAUCACGUCGAAGAAUCGUUGCACUAUUGGUUAAGUCCUGGUCGCGCUCAUGAUUGUAUUAUUGUAAAAAUCGAUCCAGUUCCUCAAGGCCAAGUACCGGUCCGUAUGAGGGCUUGGCAUUACUGUGUCUCAGCAGGUAGAGGAACGAGAAAUACAGUUCCUCUUGUGACUCUUGUGACUACAGUAAUGUUUGAAUUUGGAACCAAAGAUGGCACUGGAUCACCAUUGAAUAUCUUGCAAGGUCAAUGCAUUGUAAACAUUUCACUUAAUUGUCUUUAUAAUAAUGUGAAGCCCCCUAUUAAAAUACCCGAAAUAUCUCACAUGAUUCUAUUUCAAUUGACUUCUUUUUUGUUCAAAAUGCACUCACCGAAGUAUGACAUUUAUUAA